AUGACUGAAACGAUUGGUUUCUCCCGGUCUUACAACGGAUGGGUUUUUCAGGAUGACCUGGAAGAAGUCUAUCGAUCUCGCUUUGAUGGUCUUGUCCCAAAUGGAGCGGAGCAUAGGAUCUUCCAGUGCUUCAUGGUUCUGGCCCUUGGGAUGCUCCUUCUUGUCAAGAAGGACAUCUCCACGCCGUGCUUAAUAUCUGAUCAGCUGCUGACAUCUGCUACAAAAAUUGCCGAAGAACGACCUGUCGCGACUUUUAGAGGAGACUUGGAUCACCUAGAAGUCCUUGUUCGAGGCCAAUUCAUCUCACUCCGUCCGGGAGCAAGCGGGGCCUACUAUGCUGACAGUCUAGCCAUCAGACUUGCCGCGGACCAUGGCCUGCAUGAGACAAAUAGGAUUGUAGAACUACUCCAAGACUUGUCAGACUAUGCAUGUCCUCUUCGCGAUGGGAGCCAUGAGCAAACAUACUUUUCUCCCUCAUUACCACAAAAUUAUACGACUACGGGUGCACUACUUCCCAUAUAA